UCUCAUUCGUUAUCGCGGCCUUACCAACUGCGCUUCCUUCUACUAACCGCAUAUCCCACAUUAUUUAUACUUUUCUCUCAUUUUCUUUCCCAUUCAGUAGUUCCAUUCAUAAGCAACCAAUAAUUUCGUAAUUUACAUAAAUAUUCGUUUGCUUCGAUCGCUGCCUCACGUCGGUCUGUUGUGCGAAAUUUAAGUGACAAAUAUCGUGAAAAUUGUUGUAGAGUGAUGUCCCGAAAAACCACUACUCAAAUCGAAGAAAGCUUCGACACGCGCUUCCCCUGCUGAUAUCGAUAAAGGAAUAAAAAACUAAAAUCGUUGCGUUUGACAAGACUAUUUUGAUUCUUCGUGACACAAACAAAAGGCGUAGAUCAUUUCAAGAUCAAAAGUAUCAUCAAAACAGCUGUGUGAAUUAGUGUGAUUUUUAAUUGGUUCAAAGUAUUAAUCAUUUUUCAAUAACAUUCUCGAAAUAAUCGUCGGGAUGAUGAACUAUUUAUGAAAACGGUAUUUCGUGUCGUAACGUCGAUCGAGACUAGAUCAGGUUACACCGAGUUUCGAUCACGAUCGAUUUAAGAGCCCUAGGAUAAUCAAACGCGAGCGAAAUUUCACUCUGUAAGAAAAUGACUUCCGAGGACAACUCGGAAAUGACGGGAAAGCGGAAUUGGGUGCAGGGCAUGAUGACCGUCGACGAGCUCAGUCGAUCGAUGCAGACUUUCGGCCUCAUCGAUUAUUCGGUAUUCACAGCUAUGCUUGUGAUGUGCGGUAUCAUUGGCGUUUAUUUUGGCUUCAUUAAAAAAUCGUUGGGCGAAGACGAAUAUCUCGUUGGUGGAAGAAAUAUGAGCACGCUGCCAAUAAGUUUGAGCUUAAUUGCUAGUUUCAUAUCGGGAAUAUCGCUGCUCGGUACACCGACUGAGAUUUAUGUGCACGGUACGAGUUACCUCUUCAUCGGAUUCGGUGUCAUUUUCGUCGGGUUCGCCAUGUCUUAUGUCUUCUUACCGGUAUUCCACGAGCUUCGAUUAACGAGCACUUACGAAUACCUCGAAAAACGCUUCGACAAUAAAGUCAGGCUGCUCGGAUCGACACUUUUUGGAUUUGGCAUUAUGCUCUGGCUUCCCAUCGUUAUAUACGUGCCAGCACUUGCCUUCAACCAAGUAACCGGAAUAAACAUACACAUCGUCACACCGUUCGUGUGCAUCAUUUGUAUAUUCUACACUUGUGUGGGAGGAUUGAAAGCAGUCGUGUGGACGGACUUUGUUCAAGCUUUCGUCAUGUUUGGGGCAAUGUUACUGAUAAUCAUAAAAGGUACCUUGGACCUCGGAGGUCUCGAUGUUGUUUUACAGAGGAAUCGGGAUUCCGGAAGGCUCGAACUGCCAUUGACCGAUUGGCAUUUGUCGACGAGGCACACUCUGUGGUCCCUCGUCAUUGGUGGUUUCGUUCACUGGCUCCAUAUUUCCGCGAUCAACCAAAAUAUGCUUCAGCGUUACAUGGCGUUACCAACGUUGAAAGCAGCUCGGAGGGCACUUUGGGGCUUCAUCGUCGGAGCUCUCAGCCUCGUUGGAAUAUGUGGAUACUCGGGAAUGCUUAUAUACGCCUGGUACCAUACCUGUGAUCCUCUCACCACGAAGUUAGCAGGAGCGAAGGAUCAGCUAUUGCCUCUACUCGUGAUGGAUAUUCUCGGGGAAUUUCCUGGGCUACCAGGACUCUUCGUUGCUGGAGUUUUCAGUGCUGCUCUCAGUUCUCUCUCAACCGGAUUGAAUUCCAUGGCUGCUGUUGUGAUGGAGGAUUUCAUAAAGCCUUUCCGGAAAACUCCCUUUAGCACUAGAACGGCUGAUAUACUUAUGAAACUAACAGUCGUGAUACUCGGCGUUAUUUGCGUUGCCCUCGUUUUCGUCGUCGAAAAAGCUGGUUCUCACGUUCUCCAGUUGUCGAUAAGCUUAAGUGCCAUCCACAGUGGCCCAUCCCUGGGAAUUUUCACUAUUGGAGUAUUGCUACCGUGGAUCAAUGCCCUGGGCGCCCUUAUCGGGGGACUCAGCGGUCUAGCAUUCAUGACUUGGAUCACGAUAUCUGCUCAGACUGGCAUCGCAAGUGGUUCGAUCAGGUUUCAGGAGAAACCGAUAACAACGGAAGGCUGCACCUAUUGGUUUCAGCAAGUUGAAAGCAUGUUGCUUUUCAUACCACCGGAAGUUGCGACCAAUGCCACUGAUUCUACCAACAUUGGCGAAUCUUGGGCUCUGUAUCGUAUGAGUUAUCUCUGGUACACCGUGACAGGUGCGAUGGUAACUGUCAGCAUCGGUCUCGUCGUAAGUAUAUUUACCCCAGCGAGGGUUGAAAAAUUGGAUCCAAUGCUGGUGGCACCAUUUUUACGGAAGUAUUUGAAGACUCCAGAACCGACUGAGCUCUGCCACGUAAUGAUUCGAACUCAAGGCCCAAACGGAAUAACGACGUCUCCAACUGCGAACGUAAAGCCGGUGUAAAAAUAUUGACCGACUGAAAUUAUAAAUAAAUCUUUGUAUUGAAGGAAAGGAGGAGAAAAUGGUGGAGGAAAUAAAAAAUUGUAGAGUA